CCUUGGAAUAUUUCCACUUUUGAAGAAUAUAUCUCAUCCGGGUAUCCUUCCCAAUCUCGUUUUCAUUUGUUUUUCACCUAAAAACGUAUUUGAACGUGUUCUAGUGUCUGUACUUCUUCGUCUUCUUCUUCAUCAUCAUCCGUCCAGAACCAUCAGAUCUCAAUAUAGUAUUAGUAGUAGUAAAAGAAGAGGAAGCAGAAACUAACGAGGAUUAAGUUCUAGCAUUUUCUUUUCUUACGUGUGGUGAUCAAAAUCAGGAUUUCAUGCCGCAGUUCUUGAUCGAUUAACCAAUAAACAAAGCCCCGUUUUGUAGUAAGAGAAAUGAAUAUCAGCAGCUCUGAUCUCAUUGAUGCAAAGCUGGAAGAGCAUCAAUUUUGUGGAUCCAAACAGUGUCCCGGUUGUGGCCAUAAACUUGAAGGAAAACCGGAUUGGGUAGGUUUACCAGCAGGAGUCAAAUUUGAUCCAACUGAUCAAGAGCUGAUAGAACAUCUUGAAGCAAAAGUCGAAGCUAAAAACUCAAAUAAAUCUCACCCUUUGAUAGAUGAGUUCAUCCCUACUAUCGAAGGAGAAGAUGGAAUUUGUUAUACUCAUCCCGAAAAACUCCCUGGAGUUACAAGAGAUGGAUUGAGUAGACACUUCUUUCAUCGACCUUCUAAAGCCUACACCACGGGUACAAGAAAAAGGCGAAAAAUCCAAAUGGAAUGUGACCUACAAGGUGGUGAAACACGGUGGCACAAAACAGGCAAGACCCGACCCGUUAUGGUGAACCAAAAGCAAAAGGGAUGCAAGAAAAUCUUGGUACUCUAUACCAACUUUGGGAAAAACCGAAAACCCGAAAAGACAAAUUGGGUAAUGCAUCAAUAUCAUCUUGGACAACUCGAGGAGGAGAGAGAAGGUGAGCUCGUUGUAUCGAAGAUAUUUUUCCAGACUCAACCAAGGCAAUGUAAUUGGUCCGAAAGAGCUAUGAAUAACAACAUUCACAUUGAAGGUGUAAAUAAUAUAUAUGAAAAGAAUAAUGUUAGUAGGAGGGAGAGUGGGAGCGGAAGUGGGAGUUGUUCUUCUUCAAAAGAAAUUACUGUCGGUGGUACUGCUACUGUUACUGCUACUCCUACUGUUGAAACUUACAGUAACAUGAGAGACGAGUUUGUUGGUGCGGUUAUGUCGAAUUACAAUCCAAUGGAUCAAAUGCAACAUUUCAAAGGUGUUGAGCAAUUUAGCUUCAUCCCCUAUAGAAAAAGCUUUGGUGAGGUGGGAACGACGACAGGGGAGGGUUCAUUGACGUGCGAUACGCCUAACCUGCAAAGGCAACACCAGCAGCAGCAGAUGAGCCUUGAGAAUCAUCAGCAGCAUUAUCCACAUCAGCACCACGUGGCAGAAACAGCCUACCAUGUCAGCAGGCCAUCUCAUGCCAUGUCAUCAAACAUCUCUCCUUCUCCCCUACGUCACACCUCCAUUAUUCUUGAUGAUGACUCCUUUCAUGUGUCUAGGAUGAUGGAAAAUUUUCCGCAGCAACAACAUCAUAAGAUAGGAGGAAGAUCAGCAUCAGGAUUGGAGGAACUCAUAAUGGGGUGCACUCCAUCAUCAUCAGCUGAUGUUAAAGAAGAAUGUUCCAUCACAAACCCACAGGAGACAGACUGGUUGAAGUACUCCACCUACUGGCCAGACCCUGAUCACCAUGUCUAGAACCCAAC